AUGAAGCAAGAUAUACAAUUGGGAGACUAUAUUGAAUCAGUCGGAGCCCAGGAUGAAGAUUCAAGAGGUACAAUAUCUGUUCUGGAGGCGAUGAAUUUUAUUACUAUCGCUACCCCUCAUCUUGGUUCCAGAGGUAACAAACAGGUUCCAUUUCUUUUUGGCGUCCCCUUUUUUGAGAAAGCUGCAUGUUAUGUUAUUCACUUGCUAUUUAGGAGAACUGAUCCAAAUCUUUUUCUUACUGAUAAUGAUGAAGGGGAGCCUCCACUGUUGCAGUGCAUGAUGGAUGAUUAUGGUGACCUUUAUGUAUGCUUAAUUACCUUCCAUGAUUUCAGUUCUGAUGCUUUUGCUAAACCACAAAAAAUUGUCAGAUGUCCUUCUCCAGGAACUAGGAUACAUGAUCAUGAUACCUGAUUUUUCUCAUGUAGGUCUGCUCUGCGUGCAUUCAGAUGGUGAGUGGUAUAUUCUAAUUUCGAUUUUUACUUUUUUCUUUUCCUUUUUUUUUUUCCUUUUUUUUUUCUUUUUGGAUUGUUGCAAAAGAAGGCUGCAAAACAAGGUUUAUUUUAUUUUCAGGUGGUUUGAAUUGGGUUUUCUCUAAAAUAGAGGCCCUUUUCUUUAAACUAGUCUUUUCAAAGCAAAGACUAUUUAAGCAACAGUCUGUUGCUGAUAAUGUUUUUAUAUCUUUUUCAAAAAGGAAAUAUAGUUUAGAUAUUUCUAAAUGAAAUCUCAAACUUAUUUGGCAUUGGUGGCAAUUCAAACUAUGUCAAGCUAUUGACUAUAAAAGUUGAUUUGGAUAUUUUCAUGAUUUGCCCAGAAGGCUCACCAACUGUUCAAGGAUAGACUUCCUGGCAAUUGCAUGGGUUUCAUGGAAAUGCAAGUCCUCAUGGAAACUGUGUUUUAUCUUGAACGCCUUAAAAAUGUGAAUUCAUGAUAUGAACAUUAGUUUUGUUUAGGUUCCCAGAUAAGAAAAUUGAAUCA